AUGGCUUCAGUAGCUGCAGCACGUUAUGGCAAGGACAAUGUCCGAGUCUACAAAGUUGAGAAAGAUCCAGCAACGGGUGUGCAAACCGUCACUGAAAUGACUGUCACAGUACUCCUUGAAGGAGCCAUUGAUGCAUCGUACACAAAGGCAGACAACAGCGUAGUCGUAGCGACCGAUUCAAUGAAGAACACCAUCUACAUCAAGGCAAAAGAGCACCCAGUCACCCCUCCUGAACUCUUCGCAAGCUAUCUCGGCACACACUUCAUCGAAAAAUACCCCCACAUCACUACAGCAAACAUCAAGGUCGUAACACACAGAUGGACACGAAUGACGAUUGAUGGCAAGCCCCACCCACAUUCCUUCUACCGUGACGGUAAUGAAACUCGAAAUGUCGAAGCUGUUAUCCAAAAGGGUAAGGGAAUUGACAUCCGAAGCGGUAUCGUUGGCCUGCUGGUCUUGAAGAGCACUGGCUCCCAAUUCCACGGCUUCGUCAGAGAUGAAUAUACAACAUUGCCAGAGGUCUGGGACAGAAUCUUAAGCACCGAUGUUGACUGCGGCUGGUCAUGGAAUACUUUCUCUGGAAUGAGCGCGGUUGAGCAAGCUGUGCCUAAGUUCGACAAGGCAUGGGAAGACGCGAGAUCGAUCACUAUGAAGACCUUUGCUGAGGAGGACAGCCCUUCGGUUCAGAACACAAUGUACAAGAUGUGCGAAUCUAUUUUAGAAGUUGUUCCAGAGGUAGAAACUGUGGACUACUCUCUGCCCAAUAAGCACUACUUUGAGAUUGAUCUGAGCUGGCAUAAGGGGACCAAGAACACUGGAAAGGACGCUGAAGUUUACGCCCCUCAAUCUGGCCCCAACGGACUCAUUCAACUCACUGUUGCGAGAUCUCAACUUUCACCCAAGCUAUAA